AAAAAGCUCAUUCCACACUUGUGCAGCCUCAACACGUUUUGUUUCUGAUUUCUCUUUCUCUUUCUCUUCUUUUUCUUGGACUUCUCUUCCACCCCCUUUGAAUAUUCCCUUCGCUUAAUUGCUCGUCUAUUUAUAUAAAGAAUAAUCUAAGAAAGUAGUCUUGAUCUGCAACUUUCUCCGACACCCCAAAAGCAGAAUCGAAGUGAUCUCAGCUAAAAAGAAAAAUGAAGAAAGUAGUACUGAAGUUGGAGUAUUUCGAUGAGAAAGUCAAGCAAAAGGCCAUGAAAAAAGUCUCUGGUCUUGAAGGGGUUGAAUCAAUUGCAAUAGACACAAAGGAUAAGAAGUUAACAAUAACAGGAAACGUAGAUCCAGUUUCACUAGUUUCCAAAUUGAGGAAGCUGUGUCACACUGAUAUACUAUCAGUUGGACCAGCAAAAGAGCCAGAGAAGAAAAAGGAUGAGGGGGGCAAAAAAGAUGAGGGAGGCAAGAAAGAAGAAGGCAAAAAAGACGACGGAAAAAAAGGAGGAGAUGACAAAAAGGGAGGAGACGACAAGAAGAAAGAUGGGAAAGAUGAUUCUCAUCCUGUAAUGAAGGCUUUCCCAGCUCCUAUGUAUUAUCAUAAUUAUCAGCAACCUUAUCAACAUUAUCAGCCUCCUGUUCCUGCUUAUUAUCACCAGCGAAGUGUCGAAGAGGAUCCUAAUUCCUGUGUUAUCUGCUGAGUUUUUAAUGUUAAGUCGUUAUAUCUAAUAUUGGAUUCAAUUCAUAUCUAUUAUAGUACUAUAUAUAUAUAUAUAUUUCUGUGAGUUUUGAGAGGUUGUAGAUUAAUUCAGAAAUCAAACCUUGAUUGUACAGACCUUUGAUAGUUUGUUAUCACAUUUUUGUUCUACUUCAAUAAUUUUCUUCGAUUACUUUUAAUUAAACGGACGGGCAUUUGGAUU